AUGUUGCUCGAUAAUGAUGCUGUAGUGUUCACUAGCGCUCAAUUAUCGCCACGGAAACGAGCCAUUGACACAAUUUUUGCAACCCUAGAUGACGGGAAGACGAAACCCACACCAAGGAAGAACAGCAAACAACCGGAAUCUCAAGCUACUACUGAGAAUAGCUGUCUCAUGCGAGUCGCCUUGGGAAAUAAAAAGAUCGCCACAGUGGUUCACCAGAAGGACAUAAAUCGAUUUAACCAGGCCUACGCAAACGUCAUCAAGGCGAACAUCGAUGGCUUAAAGAAGCGGGACAAGCGAUCCGGUGCCAAGGGUGCCACCACCGGCGCCUCAUCGAGCCACGCCACCAAGCAGAUCACUUCCACCCCUCCUACGUCAUCGAACAACGUGUAA